CAUUAGCCUACAUGCUGCUAUGGUAGCUUUAGCAUCAGCAGGCUUGUGACGCCCUUGUAAACAUCGUGUUUUGUCUGAAACGCGCUUUGCUCCACAGUCUUUCAACAAAACGUGUUAAACGCUGCUCCCACGUCAUUUAUCUGGAGGAAACAGCCACAUAUAAGCUCCGAGCUGAGCGGUGUCCUAGCUAAUCGCAAGCUAACAGCUAGCUAAGGUAACUCCAGCCUCGAUUGAGCCACUGAGAAACACUUCAUCUUCCGGAAGUAGAAUGUAACAGCCCGACGACACGGUUCCUCAUUUAUUAUUAUAAGUUAACUGUGGCUUUGGCGACAGCUGCAGCUUAUUCUACUCUUGAAUAUUAACACCAUAUAAUGUACAGUGUACGUGCUGCUGCGUUCGACUCUCGUUCCCUUUAACCCGGAAGUGCACCUGAGGUGACAGCACGAUGGGUUUGUUGUUCGGUGUCACUACAGCUGUUGUCCUCUCAGCGUUUGCUUUGUGCACAUGUUUCUACAUCAACCACCUGUCUGACCCCGAGACCAAACCUGUUAGUCCAGUUCAGGCGAAGCUACAUGAGAUCCAUGGAAGGCUUGUUGAUGAUAAUCCAGACAAACCAAGAUCCCCACAGAGGAACACGUCCAUGGGUAGUAAAUGCACCAUGGCACCAGCAAGUCGGUUUGACUGUGCCAGGGACAGGGCUCUGAGCCGGAGACAGUGUGAGGAGAGAGGAUGCUGCUAUGCCCCUCAGCCCACCUCUGCAGGCCCCCCCUGGUGCUUCUACCCCAGUUUGUACCCCGGUUACCAAAUGGGCCCCCUCGCUCCCACCAUGAAGGGCCAGGCUGCCACCCUGACCCGUGCCAAGCCCUCCUAUCUCCCCAGAGACAUCUCCACUCUCAGCCUGGAAGUCACAGAGGAGCCUGCGGGCUGCCUGCACCUCACUUUGAAGGACCCAUCAUCUCAGCGAUAUGAAGUCGAGCUCCCAGCGGGUGUUCCUCAGAGCCAAACUGAUGGCGAUGACUCCCUCUACACAACCGAGUACCAGUCUGACCCGUUUGGUUUCAUAGUGCGACGUAAAUCCAACGGAAAAGUGAUUAUGAACACAACUGUGGCUCCUCUGCUGUUUGCUGACCAGUACCUGCAGCUGUCAACCACACUGGCCUCUUCCCUCGUCUCUGGCCUCGGGGAGCAUUACACCUCCCUCCUGUUGGAUCUUAACUGGACUUCGCUGACUCUCUGGAACCGAGACAUGGCUCCUCAUGCUGAUGCAAAUCUUUACGGCUCCCACCCAUUCUUCUUAGUACAGGAGGAGGAUGGUCUAGCACAUGGAGUUUUCCUUCUCAACAGCAAUGCAAUUGAGGUGAUGCUGCAGCCGACCCCUGCUCUCACCUGGGUGUCCACUGGGGGAAUCCUGGACCUGUAUAUUUUUUUGGGUCCGGACCCUGAAAGUGUGGUUCGACAGUACCUCCAGGUCAUUGACUAUCCCAUGAUGCCCCCCUAUUGGUCACUGGGCUUUCAUCUGUGUCGCUGGGGUUACAAAACCACUGAUACAACCCGCAAGGUUACACAGCAAAUGCACAAUGCCAACUUUCCACUGGAUGUGCAGUGGAAUGAUCUGGAUUAUGCAGAUAAGCGCAGGAUUUUCACAUUUGACCCCCGGCGAUUCGGGGACCUCCCAAAGAUGGUGGAAGAGCUCCAUGAGGGAGGCAUGAAGUACAUCCUUAUUCUGGACCCAGGGAUCAGCAGCACUAGCCCCCCUGGAACCUACCCCCCCUUUGAUGACGGACUGAAAAGAGAUGUCUUCAUUAAAAAUGUUACAGGACACAUCCUGAUUGGAAAGGUUUGGCCUGGUCCAACAGCCUUCCCUGACUUCACUAACCCAGAGACCAGAAAGUGGUGGGAGGACUGCAUCAGAGAUUUUCAUACUAAAGUCCCUGUGGAUGGAUUGUGGAUUGAUAUGAACGAACCAGCCAGUUUUGUGCAGGGAUCAGUGGAGGGCUGCCCUGACAGUGAUCUGGAGAACCCGCCUUACACACCCAGAGUGGUCGCAGGCCGGUUGAACUCAGGGACUCUCUGCAUGUCAGCUCAGCAGAGGCUGUCCACUCACUACAACCUGCACAAUAUGUACGGACUGACUGAGGCGUAUGCCACUAACAGAGCUCUUGUGAAGAUUCAAGGGAAGAGGCCCUUUGUCCUGUCCCGCUCCUCGUUCCCCGGCAUCGGGCGCUUCUCCGGAGUGUGGACAGGUGACGUCAGGAGCGACUGGGAGCAGCUUCGAUACUCUAUCCCCGCGGUGCUGCAGUUCAGCCUGUUCGGGGUGCCUCUGGUGGGGGCAGACAUCUGUGGCUUUGGAGGCAACACCACUGAGGAGCUGUGUGUGCGAUGGAUGCAGCUCGGAGCCUUUUACCCGUUUAUGAGGAACCACAAUGACCGGCCCAACGCUCCUCAGGAGCCCUAUGUGUUUGGGCAGAAGGCCCAGGCUGCCAUGCGGAGUGCGUUGAACCUAAGAUACUCCCUUCUCCCGUUCCUCUAUACACUCUUCCAUCAUGCACACACCUCUGCUGAUACUGUGGCCAGGCCUCUCUUUAUGGAGUUUCCCUCUGACCCCAACUGCCAGAGCAUAGACCGUCAGUUCCUGUGGGGGAGUUCACUUCUCAUUAGCCCAGUCCUAGAGCAAGGGGCAGUAGGACUGGAGGCCUACUUGCCCCUCGGCACUUGGUACAACCUGCAUAACGGUCAACCUGUCUACAGUAAGGGUCAGUACAUGCUGCUGCCAGCCCCUCUGGACACUAUCAACGUUCAUGUGAGGGAGGGACACGUUAUCCCACAGCAGGAUCCUGCCCUGACAACCACAGCCUCACGCAGAAACCCGUUCUUCCUAACGGUGGCGCUGUCAGCAGGCGGCUGGGCCUGGGGCGACUUGUUCUGGGACGACGGGGAAAGUCUUGAUACCUACAAAACAGGAAAUUACUGUUACGUCACCUUUGUGGCUGCUCAGUGCCAGAUAGUGGGUGAUCCUGUGAGGCUGAAUGAGGCCCUGGACGGUCUGGUGCUGGGAGGCCUACAGGUGUUUGGGGUGCCCUCACCCCCCCGCUAUGUAUUGGCCAAUGGGGAAAAAGUCAAGGAUUUCAUGUACCACAGUGACACCAAGGUUUUGACAGUGAGCAACCUGGCCUUGCCCAUGUCUAAGGUGUUUACAGUCCAGUGGGCUCUCUGAUGCACUGAACAUUGUUGCUUAAAGGUCUUUGGGAACCUUAACAUGUCCCACUUGUGCGUUUUAUAUGAUAAAAGACUUAUUUUGAAUGAAAUAAGCUGUAAAUGCCAUGACUGAAUAUUUCCACCUGAACCCUGAAGUAAACAAAUGGAAGAAAAAAAAGUAAAACAGAUUCAAACAGCCAGGGUUUGUGAUGUCACAAACCUAACAAAAGCAAUCCCAUCAACUGGUGAUUAAACAACCAUCCCCCUACACACACACACGUACACACCUGAACGCUCUGGACCACAUUGUCUGGACAUUGAUGUCUGAAAACGGCUCAGGUGACCUGUGAUGGUGGGGAGACGGGCAGCAGUGGGGGGGCCAGAUUAGCAUAUUCAUAGAUCGCAGUCAUGAAAUGAGGAGGGAAGGUGUAGAAUUACAUUCAGGUCAUUUUAAGGUCAUGAGGGGAUUUGUUUCUCAGGACAGACCUUUUGAAAUGUUAUUUUUGCAGGUCCUGUAAUUAUAUCAAACCCUCGUUUGGAUUUGAAGCAAUAUUUUCCUGCUUUCUGCUAAACUUGAUCAAGAUUUG